AUUUUUAAGCUCAAUAGAAGGUCAUUAUGAAGGUUGUAAUUGUCCUGAUCGCCUGUUUGUUCCAAGGAUCUGUCAAUUCCUCAAAGGAGGAAGAUGUACGUUUGUCUUGUAACUUUGGUUCCUACGACUCGGACUCGAAUGCAAAAAUUGAUCGAGAUGAGUUUUUGGAGGCAACUAUCGGAUACAACAAACAUGACCCUAAAAAAGUGUUUGCACGUCUUGAUAUGAACAAAAAUGGAGAAGUUGAUUACUCCGAAUUUGUAAAAAUGUCACCAGCUCUUCAGAAAGAUGGUGUCUUUGGUCAUUGUAGGCGACGCUGGUGUAACGGUUGUACUUUUUGGAAAAAAUGAAGACGCUAGAAUGAACAUGUUAAUGCUACUGUGAUUAUUAAAUCAGCUGCAAUUCACAUGA